CAACGCUGACUGAAAAUUAGUCUGAAGAAAAGUCUACUUCAUAUCUACGAUCAUACAUACUAACGCCUUAUAUACCCUUUACAUCUCUUGGAGGAAGACUUCUCCUGUAGAAAACAGAACAACCGCUCAGAUUCUCGCCCCGCGAUCAAACCACCUUCAAGUUUUGGUACAAACCCGCGCCUCCUCAUAUCUGCUGCAGCAACUCCCGGCGCAGAAUGCGCUUGAUUAAGAAUAAGAUCGAGCUUAAUGGCUCGGGCACAGUCACCCUGUGUCCCGAAGAGCCCGAAGACAUGUGGCAUGCCUAUAACCUAAUUCGACCCGGUGACCUUCUCCGCGCCGGUGCCAUUCGCCGCGUCACUACGACCCAAGAUACCGGAUCUACGUCCUCCGCCCGAGUCCACCUGACACUUGAGAUCCGGGUCAAGUCUUUGGAUUUCGAUCCACAGCUUUCCCAACUGCAUGUGGGAGGGCAGAUUAUAAAUGAGACGCAACACACUAAGAUUGGCCAGCACCAUACGCUCGACCUGGAGUUGAACCGCAACUUCACCCUUGAAAAGGAAGUAGGUUCGGAUGGUGAAGGUGUGGGAUGGGAUAGUAUUGCAAUUCAAAUGCUCAAGGAUGCGGUUGAUGAGGGUGGUAAACGGAGGGCGGAGGCUGUAGCCGUUGUUAUGCAGGAGGGUCUGGCUCAUAUAUGCUUUAUUGGGCAGUUCCAGACGAUCUUGAAGCAGAAGGUCGAAAUGUCGGUUCCGCGAAAACGACAGGGGGGCAACGAUCACGAUAAGGGAUUGUCCAAAUUCUACCAAGUCACACUGGACACCCUUCUUCGGCAAAUGGAAUUCAACACCAGCUCUACCUCUCUCGCUAGCAAUGAACCUGUGAGGCCAGUACUUCUUGCAUCGCCGGGCUUUGUUGCCGCUGGGUUCCAAAAACACAUUCAGUCCGUCGCAGCGACCAGCAUUCCCGCCUUGAAGCGUCUACUUCCGAGCAUAGUGGUGGUGCACUCCGCCUCCGGGUAUUUACACUCCCUGUCGGAGGUGCUACAAUCACCCUCGGUAAAAACGAUCCUCGCCGACACCAAGUACGCCCGAGAAACCAAACUCAUGGACGAUUUCCUUGACCAGCUACGCAAGGAAACCAAUAAGGCAACUUACGGGCCGCGCGAAGUCGAGUCAGCAGUUGAUCAAGGCGCCGUGGGCCGCGGUGGUGGAGUGCUGAUCAUCUCUAAUCGCCUAUUUCGGUCUCAGGAAGUAGCAGAGCGUAAACGCUGGGUGUCACUGGUCGAUCGCGUGCGGGAUGUGGAAGGCGGAGAGGUUCGAGUGCUCAGUUCAGAUCAUGAAAGUGGAAGGAGGUUAGAUGGAUUGGGAGGCAUUGCCGCUCUAUUGACAUUCCCCAUUGUUGAGGAAGAUUUCGACUCUGGUGAGGAGACAAAUGACCAAAGUUAGGUUAUAGUAGACUAUGUAAAGGUACG